ACGGAAGAGCGAAAGAGCUUUCCUGACGGCUCAGCAGGUUAACCAGCUAACGGCGAUAACUGUCGGUCUAACCAGCACUUUAACCAGGUUUACAGGUUGGACACACCGCCGGACUGAAGAGUCACGAUGACUGCCGCUCCUUACAACUACUCCUACAUCUUCAAAUACAUCAUCAUCGGUGAUAUGGGCGUCGGGAAGUCGUGCUUGCUGCACCAGUUCACCGAGAAGAAAUUCAUGGCGGACUGUCCUCACACCAUCGGGGUGGAGUUCGGGACCAGGAUCAUGGAGGUCCACGGUCAGAAGGUGAAACUGCAGAUCUGGGACACGGCCGGCCAGGAGCGCUUCAGGGCCGUCACCAGGUCCUACUACAGGGGGGCCGCCGGGGCCCUCAUGGUCUAUGACAUCACCAGGAGAAGUACAUACAACCACCUGAGCAGCUGGCUGACAGACGCCCGGAACCUGACCAACCCGAACACGGUCAUCAUUCUGAUCGGGAACAAGGCGGACCUGGAGGCCCAGAGAGACGUGACGUACGAGGAGGCCAAACAGUUCGCAGACGAGAACGGUUUACUGUUUCUAGAAGCCAGCGCCAAAACGUGA